AGAGCAAGCUUUGAAGCUUUCAACGGGCUAUGCUUGGGUUCAGUACGCACUGAUGGUCAUUGGUGUAGGGAGCUUAAAUCCAACGUCACCAUCACUGCCGAAUAUAUCUUCCUCCGAUAUGUGUUUGAAUUGGAUUUGAAAGCAGACAGGGAAGCGCGGCGUAUCAACCACGACCGAAGCUUAUUAGUUCCACGGAUAAAGAUAGCCCAGGGAGACAUCAUCGGGCUAUGUACCCAAUGGUUUCUAGAGCGUCAGGAGACAACCGGCGACUGGGCGGGAAUCUUCCCGCCUAUGCAUGGUAGAUGCCCCGUCCGCCUAGGCAUCCAAGCAUUGGAGAACUUCGCCUGGGAGGACGAGAAGGACAAAAUGAUCCAAGCCUACGUAUCUCCGGUGUGGGACACAGCUCUGACGUCUAUUGAGCUCUGCGACGCGAAGUCAUCAGAUAGGCAGGUCUGCAGCCAGGCCCUUGCUUGGCGUGUGUACCGGCCCCAUCUGGAUCUCUGGGGCUUCAGCAUCGAAUAUAACAAUAUUUUCUACCCCGAUGUGGACUAUACAGCUGCGGUAAUUCUUGCACAGAUCGAACACGAUGUCGGCAGUGACAUGGCUCAAGGACGGAUCCUGGAAGCAUUCAGAUUGAUAGUCCAGUGUGCAACUAAGAAAAGUCGCGCCACGAGUUUAUUUCCUGCACUACAUGCAUCAUGCACCCGCGGCAUAUGCUACAUCCCCUCUACCCAAGAGUCUAGCGGAGCCUGGUUUGGACGCUGGGGCUGCAAUUACAUCUAUGGGACAAAUCAUGCGCUGUGUGGUCAAGAGUACUUUGUCAACAAGGACAAGCGAGUUCGCGGAUUGGUGCAACCGGCUCUACGGUGGCUGAAGCUUAAGCAAAAUGUGGAUGGCGGCUGGGGCGAGACGUUGCUAUCAUACCGAUCUCCUGAGAAGGGACAAGGCAAACCCACCGCAUCACAGUCUGCAUGGGCAUUGAGGGUAUUACUAGCCCAUCUUCACCCUACAGACAUCGCUGUUGAGCAUGGUAUCUGCUGGCUGGUAUCUUCCCAGAGGCUGGAGAAAGGCAUAGGGUCUUCAUGGCCCGAAGCGGUGUAUACAGGAACUGGAUUUCCAAAUCAAUUCUAUUUGGGUUACGAUUACCAUCGCCAUUACUUUCCCAUGAUGGCCCUCGGGCGCCACCUGCAGGCUGUGAUAUGA